GUGCCUGUCUUUCCUUAGAUUCUGGACUGGUUGAUUGCCCUGUGAUCUCAGCACUCUGCUCCUGGUCAUCUGUAGCCCUUUCAAUUGCAAAAUGCUCUUCAGUUUACUGCAAAGAGCAACUUCUGCCACGUGGGGAAACUGGACAAAGAGGCACCUUCCUUUCCACAGCCCCGCCUUCUCCUGGAGGAAUUUGCCUCUCCUGCUGCUUCUCUCUCUUUCUUUGGAGCAGACAUCUGCAUCGCCAAGCCACAGAAUCAAACAGAAACCAGGAGUGUGUCCCCAAGAAAGGCUCACCUGUAGAGCUAAACUCCCAGACUCGUGCAAAACAGAUUUCGACUGCAAUGAAUACAUGAAGUGCUGCUCUUUUGCUUGUGAGAAGAAGUGCAUGGACCCAUACGCAGAACCCUGCAUGCUACCCUUAAACCAAGGAAACUGUAAGAAUUCUGCCGAGCGCUACUAUUUUGACGUUGAACAUCAAGUCUGCAUGUCCUUUACAUAUGGAGGCUGCCUGGGGAAUGCCAACAACUUCCGCUGGAAGGAAGACUGUGAGAGGGCUUGCUCAUUAACUGUUAAGGAGGGACAGUGCCCCCUCUUCCCUUUCACCACUCGUAAGGAGUGUUCAGCUUCGUGUAAGAGUGACAUCGAUUGCCCUGAAAAUGAAAAAUGUUGUGAAUCCACGUGUGGCUUUGUUUGUGCCAAGGCCUGGAAAGUCAAAGCAGGUUUCUGCAUGAUGACGCCAUCAUUGUGUGUCAGGAUUGAUAAGCCCCAGUGCCUGCAGGAUCAUGACUGCCCAUUGACAAUGAAGUGCUGUUCACUCUGUGGAAUGAAGUGCCUGGAACCCCUGAAAUAAAUAGAAGAUGCCCCAGAGUCCAAGAGAACUGUGCAUUCAGAGAAAGGGAUGAAUGUACGAGGGAC